GGCCGGCAACAAAAUAACAGACCCACCUCGUGGUCAGCCCAUGCCACCCGUGUGCACGGUGGAGGCGGUACAAGCAGAGGACCUUCCUGAGACGUUUAACGGGGAGUUGGCUGCAGAUGCAAAUCGCACACCCAUUAACUCAGAUACUCAUACCGCUGCACCGUCGGGGGAACACACGCAGAGAGAAAGCCCAUCGGAAACCGCUGAACUAUUCACUGCCUCAACUGUCCUGCUACAACAGCCCAUGCGACAGCCAGUAGCGGAACCGUCACCGCCCAUCUCUAGGGCCGUGACACCCACACAGCCCCAGCCGUCCACUCCUCGGGCUAUCCCGAACGAACACCACAGCCACGCCCCAGAGCACACGCACGCACCCCACCACGCACACAUGCAAGUCUCACAGACAGGCAGCUCAGGGGAUGGGCCGAGUGCCGAUAGAGACACACUGAGUGGUGGUACCACAGACGCACCUGCACCUGCACCUGCACCUGAGCGAGAUGCUUUAGGACACAUGUCGAGUGCACCUGUGGACUCUCGCGGUGGUGCACAGGGCCAGGGCCAGCCAGAGGACAAGCGGGUGCUGACGGAGACACAGAGCCAAGAUACGGCGAUAGGGCUACACAGAGAGCACUCCAUCGCAUCCAAUGCGCUGUUGGCGCAUAUCCCCAAUGUGGGGGUGUACAGCCGAAGCGACAGUGCCAUGGAGGAUCAGG